AUAAAUUUAAAUCUACAUAACACGUUGACAACGGUUGUGAUAUCAAAUUUGAAUCAGUUACUUUUAUAUGGUUGUGAUUGGGAAAACAUGUUCCUGAAGAUUUUUCAAAAUGAGUGCCUGCAUUUUUUUAAACCAAACAAUUUCAAGGGUAUUGGCAAAAGAAACCUUAGAAAUAGACCAGAUUUUACCAAGAACAGGUACAAAGUAACAAGAGGAAAUUAUAACUAUUUACGUGAGGGCCACAUUAACUACUUUCAAGCGUUGUUGGGACAUAAACGAGUGAUAAUGGACUUAUCAGAUUUAGAAAAGUACAAUGUGGAUUGGUAUACUCAAGUAAGAGGUUGCAGCAGUAUUGUUUUAAAACCGAAAACGACUGAAGAAGUCUCCCAGAUACUCUCAUUCUGCAAUAAACAAAAGCUUGCAUUAUGUACACAAGGUGGUAACACUGGAGUCGUUGGAGGGUGCGUUCCAGUUUUUGAUGAAAUAAUAAUAUCAACGGAACUCAUGAAUGAUAUUAUCAGUUUAGAUGAAAAUUCAGGGGUAUUAGUCUGUCAAUCAGGCUGCAUACUACAAAAUCUCGACAACUUUGUAGCCGAAAAGGGAUUAAUAAUACCUUUAGAUCUUGGAGCUAAGGGGACCUGCCAUAUUGGUGGCAAUGUCUCGACUAACGCAGGUGGAAUGCGAUUGCUCAAGUAUGGAAAUAUGCAUGGUAAUGUUUUGGGACUGGAAGUGGUAACAGCCAAUGGGGAAAUUAUAGAUUGCCUAAGUACCCUUAAGAAAGAUAAUACAGGCUAUCAUUUGAAGCAUUUAUUUAUUGGAUCUGAAGGCACACUUGGACUCGUUACCAAAGUAGCGCUGCAAUGUCCACCAAGACCAAAAUAUAGAAAUGUAGCGUUUUUAGGUGUACAAAACUUCGAUAAAGUCCUAAAAACUUUCAAAUUCCUUAAGGCAGAACUCGGAGAAAUUAUAUCGGCUGUAGAGGUUAUAGAUACUCCUACGAUGGAUUUUAUCAAUCAAAUCGUUGGUCAAACCUCUCCAAUUGGUGAUUAUCCUUUCUACUUACUUGUCGAAACAUCAGGUAGCAAUGAACAACACGAUGAAGAGAAACUCAAUCAUUUUUUUGAAGCAGCUCUAAAGAAAUUUUUGGUUCUGAACGGUACCGUUGCUUCCGAACCCGCAAAAAUUCAGGCUUUGUGGUCAAUACGGGAAAAUAUUCCAAAUGGAUUUAAGAUCUGCUCAUCAAAAAUGAUGUAUUAUGACGUCUCUAUGCCUCUUUCAAAUUAUUAUUCUAUAGUAAAUGAUGUCGAUGAAUUCACGAAGGGCUUAAGCGAACGAGUAUUUGGAUUUGGUCAUCUGGGUGAUGGGAACAUACAUCUUCAAAUUCAGUUGAAGGAUGAUCUAACCGACGAAAUAAAGAAGCACAUUGAUCCGUUUGUUUUUGACAAGAUAUUGAGCUAUGGAGGGAGUAUCAGUGCCGAACACGGUAUAGGUAUUAUAAAACAGAAAUAUAUGAAUAGACUUAAAACUGUUAACACACUUAAUCUAAUGAAAGAUUUGAAAAGUUUAUUAGAUCCAAACAAAAUACUGAACCCCUAUAAAGUGAUAGUGUAAUUUUUUAAUAUAUUUUAUUUCCAUUU